GAGCUGCACAACCAGCCCAGCCUCCAUUGCCACACCCAACUCUGUAGCUUCCUUGCUUGCUCUGUUCUAACCUCAGGAGCAAGAGAAGGGUUCGAAAAUGCUGGUCAUCACCAUCGAGAACCCUUUGGCUACGGCAGCUGGCCUUGCCGGAAAUAUUCUAUCUUUUCUGGUGGUUUUGGCACCCAUGCCAACAUUCUACAAGAUCUACAAGAAGAAAUCCACAGAAGAGUUUGGUUCGGUGCCAUACAUGGUGGGCUUGUUCAGUGCCAUGAUGUGGAUUUAUUAUGGUGCCCUUACAAUGGAUUUCCUGCUGCUCUCCAUCAAUGUUGGAGCUUCCCUUAUCGAGACGGCCUAUCUCAUACUGUUCCUGAUUUAUGCCCCGGCGAAGCCCAGGGCCUUCACGCUGAAGCUGGUAUCCCUAUUCAAUGUUGGCGCCUACGGUUCGGUCGUCCUCUUCACCAUGCUAUUUCUCCGGGGAGGACGACGAACCAACAUCGCAGGCUGGAUCUGUGCCUCCUUCGCCUUCAGCUGUUUUGUGGCUCCGCUAUCCAUUAUAAAGCAGGUGAUAAGAACGAAGAGCGUGGAGUACAUGCCGAUCUCACUCUCCUUCUUCCUCACCGUGUCUGCAAUUGCAUGGCUCAGCUACGGUCUCCUUCUCGGCGAUCUGCACGUAGCGCUUCCCAAUGUGGUGGGGUUCUUGUUCGGGGUAGCCCAAAUCAUCAUUUACCUCGUCUACAAGAACGCGAAGAAGGAUGAUACGAAGACCAAGCUCGGCAACCAGCCCGCGGAAGCCAUGGCUACAGCAGUGACUUCAGGCUCCGACAUCGAACUCCCUGAGAAGCUGAGCACUCCACAAGCUGAGGUGUAGAGCCGUGUUGGGGUGGGGAAGAAGGAAUCCAUCAGAUGAUCUUCUAAUAACAUCAUAUUUAGUUUCAUGGUUCCACUGACAGUGUUGCACUAUAAUAUGAUAUGAUAUGACUGCUACUAGUAUUGCAUUGAUCAUUUAGAGGAAUGGUGGGAAUAAAUUGACUCCGUCCAUGUAAUUGCUGUAAUUUGAUUUGCUCAGUAAGAAUUAUAUAUUACAUA